UUUAUUCUAUUUAGAAACAUUAAUAAUGUGUGUUCUGUUUUGGUAGUUAAUGUAGAAGAAGAGGAGAAUUGUGACUUGUUUACAGGUCAUUGGGUUCCAGAACCGAGUGGCUCUCUUUAUACCAAUUUAAGCUGUAAAACUAUUCCUGAAUCGAAGAAUUGUUUCAAAAAUGGAAGACAAGAUGUGAAUUUUCUUAAUUGGAAAUGGAAACCUGAAAACUGUGAGUUGCCAAGGUUUGAUGCUAAGGCCUUUUUGGAGAUGGUUCGAGGCAAAAAAAUGGCUUUUAUUGGAGACUCAUUGGCUAGGAACCAUGUUGAGUCUUUGCUUUGUUUAUUGUCUCAGGAGGAAAUUCCUUUAGAAAUUUAUAAGGACUCUGAAGAUCGAUUCAAGAAAUGGUACUUUACUAGUCAUGAUUUCACCCUUAUGAUUAUAUGGUCAAAAUUUCUAAUAGAAGCAGAUGAGAUAAUGAUGAAUGGAACAAGUUCAGGCACAUACAAUCUUCAUCUUGACAAGGUAGAUAAUAGUUGGGCUAAUAUUCUACCAAAGUUAAACUAUGCCAUAAUCUCAACUGGACAUUGGUUCUUUAGAAUUAUGUAUCUUCACAAAAACAACAACUUGAUAGGUUGUGUUUAUUGCAACAACAAACCAAACACAACACAACACAAGAGCAACUUUGCGAUUCGAAUGGCAUUUCGAACCACAUUCGAUUUCAUCAACUCUUGUAAGAAUUGUAGUCUUGUAACUCUGAUGAGGACAUAUUCACCAUCUCAUUUCGAGAAUGGGUUAUGGAACACUGGGGGUAGUUGUAACAGAACAAGUCCGUCGAGUGAAGUGAAGAUCGAUUUGGACGGAUUUGAGUGGGAAAUAAGGAAAUCCCAAUUGGAAGAGAUGGAAAGAGCAAGAGAAAUUGGAGUUAAGAAAGGAAAUAAAUGUAAGUUUGGAGUUGUGGAUGUGACUAGAGCUAUGAAGAUGAGGAGAGAUGGGCAUCCAGGGUCUCAUUGGGAUAACAAAUGUGUUAAAAUUAGACCUCACUGUAACCUUUAUUAUUACAGUUUUACAGAUGAAGUGAAAAUUACAAAUAAAAGCAAACAGAAUACAACAGACCAUCAGAUCCUAGGUGGCUUCGCCUCUAGUGGAUCAAGAACUAGUUGUUAGUUACAACCGAAGUUGUAACUAACUCCUAGUUCUGUGAUCAACCCUAGAACUACAACUAUAAAAGGAACAGAAGAGAAGAAAUGAAAAUAUACCAGAUGCAAAAAGCCCUAGGUUACCAGAUCUGAGAAAGUUCUUCAGCUCCAGAUGUUUUUCAAGUACAUGCACAAGAAACAGAAAAGAGUUAGUGUGAGAAACCAGAAAAACAAGAGAGAAAUAAACACAGAAAACACAAGAGAGAAAAACCCAGAAAUACCAGUCGAUCUGUGACUUGGAUUUCUUACCUGUUGUAAUAUUCAUGCUUCAUAGUGAAAGAUCUGAGGUCGAUCUUCAAGGCGAGCUCAAAGAGGAUGUACCCCUGAUUUAGGGCGAACCUCUAUAAUCUCUGGUGUUCAUUUUUCUAACCCUAACCUAAUGAUCUAUGUUUGAUAUUUGUGUGUGUGUGUUUUGGGUUGUUUCUGGGAAGGUUUCUGGGUAAGAUCGAUCAAUAGAUCGAGGAGGAUCUCUGGUUCUAGGGUUUGAGAACCAGAGAGAAGGCAGAGAGAAAGAGAGAGAGAGUUUGAGAAACUCUCGAAUGUUCGAAGGUGCAAAUGAGCUAGGGUUAGCUCUGAUUGAACUUAGUUUUGUUCAAUCCAGAACGACAAAUCGUUUGGUUUAAACGAUUUGUCGUGUGAGUGAAAACGACAAGCUUCAUUGUCGUGCAGGAAAGGAACGACCAAGUUUUUUGUUGUCGUUGAUUGGGUUUUAAAUUGAAUUUUCUGGGACAACUUUGUCCCUGUCGUUUUGACCAGUUUUCUUGAGUGGUGUAGGUUAAACUUGGAAUUUCACCAAGCAAAAUUCCUACAGUGGUAUCAGAGCUUUGGUUCAAGCUUAAAUCAACUCAAGAAAGAAUCAAGAAAGUGAUCAAGACUGGGAGAAGAAGAAGAAACACAACAAGAAGUUGUGGACAGUGGGAAACCUGUGGAAAUUCCACAAACUGAUAAUAAACAAAUCUUUCUAAACUCAACUCAAUUUAAUUUUGAUUUCUCUAACAUGAGCAAUAUCAAGGUUGACAUUGAUCGUUUUGAUGGAUCUGGUGAUUACAGGAUCUGGAGGAGAAAGAUCAGAUCCCUGCUGGCUCAACAGAAACUACUUAGGGUUCUUGAAGACCCUAUUGAAU